AUGACUUGGACCUUAGCAAGUCUGGUUUCAGUCUAUUCACUAUGCAAAACUUCAAGGAAACACAGAACAUGGCCAUUUGUGCUUAUUCUAUGGUGGUUCUUUUCAAGCAUUUGUAACUUACUUCUGGCUUCAGUUUAUAUCCUCACUCUAUUCAAAUCAAUUGAAAUCUCAAACUUUCUGCCAGAAGCCAACAUUAUUGAUUUUGGUUCACUUCCAUUGUCAAUUCUACUUUGUCUUAAUGCUUUGCCUAAUAAUUCUGCACAUAAACACAAUAUGACUACACAACCAUUACUUCAAAAGGAGUUGGAGAAGCAAGAAAAACACAGAAACACAUUUUCUGAUGCUGGAAUUUGGAACCAGUUAACAUUCAGGUGGUUGAAUCCACUGUUCAAAAAAGGCUGUGGUGAAAAAAUUGAAUUAGAGCACAUACCUUCAAUUCCUCUGUCUGAAACUGCUGAUGAAGCUUCUUCCUUGUUGGAACAGUCUCUGCGUAAACAGAAAACUGAGACUAUCUUGUUGCCCAAUGCCAUUUUCCAUUCUAUACGGAGGCCCCUAGCUAUGAAUGCAGUUUUUGCAGGAGUCAAUACAAUUGCUUCCUACAUAGGGCCAUUGUUGAUUACAAGCUUUGUUGACUUUUUAUCAAAAAAGGAUGACAAAAGUUGGUACAAUGGGAUGGUUCUUGCACUUGUUUUCUUCUUAGCAAAGACUGUGGAAUCACUAUCCCAGAGGCAGUGGUAUUUUGGUGCCCACCGUCUAGGUAUAAGAGUCAAGGCAGCUCUAAUGGUCUUAAUAUACAAGAAAUCUUUGUCAAUCGAGUGUGGUAGCAUGAGCAAUGGUAAUAUUAUUAAUUUUCUCAAUGUUGAUGUCGAGAGGAUUGGAGACUUUUGCUGGUACUUCCAUGGAAUUUGGUUGCUUCCAGUUCAGGUUAUAUGUGCCUUGGUUAUCUUGUACAAGAAUUUAGGAGCAGCUCCGUCACUAGCUGCUCUUAUCAUGAUGAUUAUUGUGAUGAUAAGCAACACCCCACUUGCCAAUAUGCAAAAAAGAUUCCAUACUAAGAUAAUGGAAGCUAAGGACUCGAGGAUCAAAUCUACUUCUGAAACCCUAAAGAGCAUGAGAGUCUUGAAGUUGAAUUCAUGGGAAUCCAACUUUUUGAAGAAGCUACUUAAACUGAGGGAAGUAGAAAGGCAUUGGCUCAGAAAGUACUUAUAUACAUGUUCUGCUGUGGCUUUUCUCUUUUGGGCUUCACCAACAUUAGUGUCAGUUGUUACCUUUGGUGUUUGCAUUAUGUUGAGAACGCCAUUAACAUCGGGCACAGUUCUAUCGGCACUGGCAACUUUUCGAAUCCUUCAAGAACCUAUUUACAAUCUCCCUGAGCUUAUUUCUAUGAUUGCUCAGACUAAGGUUUCAGUUGACCGGCUAGAAAAUUUUAUCAUAGAAGAAGAUCAGAAGAGAUUGAUAAACUUUAAUAAUUUCAGCACACCUGAUGUGGCCAUUGAGAUUGAAGCCGGAGAAUACGCAUGGGAAAAUAAAGAUGCGAAAAUACCCACAGUCAAGAUAACUGAGAAAAUAAGAAUAAUGAAAGGUUACAAGGUGGCCAUUUGUGGUUCAGUUGGAUCUGGUAAAACAAGUUUUCUCUGCAGUAUACUCGGUGAGAUACCUAGGAUUUCGGGGUCAGGUAUCCAAACCUAUGGAUCAAAAGCUUUUGUGCCACAAAGUGCUUGGAUCCAAACGGGCACUAUCAGAGAGAAUGUCUUGUUUGGCAAGGAAAUGAAUCAAACAGUUUAUGAAGGUGUCGUCGAAGGAUGUGCCUUGAACCAUGAUAUUAAUAUGUGGGCUGAUGGAGACUUGACUAUGGUGGGGGAGAGAGGGCAGAACUUGAGUGGUGGACAAAAGCAGAGAGUCCAAAUGGCACGGGCAAUUUACAGCAACUCGGAUAUAUUCUUACUUGAUGAUCCUUUCAGCGCCGUUGAUGCACAUACUGGGGCUCAUAUGUUCAAGGCAAGAAAUAUCUUCUACUAUACAUGA